GAAGAUACGACGAUAACAUGAAAGAGCCAACGCCGUGCUUAUUGUUGGCGAGUGCAUUGAAUGCAUAGCGGUGUCUGUCUACUACUAGCUAGCUAGUAUCAGAAUGACUCAGUGGUUGGUGUUGUUGUGUACUGGUAUGGCAGUGGCGGGCCAUGGAUGGUCCAUCCGCCGCAGCUUACCAAGACGACGAUGUUCCGGACCACUUGGUUUUUGCAGGAUGACAGCUGCCGUUGACGGUGAUGAGGAAGUGUACAGCAUCCGGUACAGUCCCAACUUUCAUCGUCACAUUGUGUCCACCGCUACUAGUAGUAGUAGUGGCAAGAAGCGAGUUGUCCUGGAGAGCUUUGAAUGGUUGGACGAAGCGCAACGCAAAUAUCCGACGGCGUCACUCGAGCCCAUGGACUUGCCGCCUCCACCUCUUACCACUAUGCAUACAUACAACGAGUCGUCAUCAUCCCACAGUACGCGUCAGCAUCCUUCAGACGAACAAAUCCAAUUGUCCGAAAUUGUGGCAGGCGCGGGAAUGCACGAGACGACCGUGUAUUACCGCGACGACACACACAAUAGCAGCAGCAGCAGUACGACCGUCAAGGCCAACAAUGGUGGUGCCUAUCUCCUCCGAUUCUUGCAAAAACUGUACACCACAUGGCCCACACUGAAUCCGGCCGAAAUUCAUCGCGCCGUCAUGGACAAGUUUCCACGGAUUGCCUUUUACGACGCCGCAUUGGUUCAUGAACGACUCUUUUUUCUACUCUCGCCCUUGCCGCCUCCUAAUGUCUGCAAUGCUACUACUACUAGUAGCAAGGAUACAGACUUUCCACUGCUCUUUUAUCGAUAUGGCUAUGGCGCGGGGUGGACGCCCAGUCAACUGGCACAGGCAUUGCAAACACUUCCGCAAUUCUGGUUGCCCCUUUACUUGAGUGACGCAUUGGCAUCGUCUCGUCGUCCCCAAGACUUUUUGCCCUACAUUUUCUAUCAUCUCAAUUCACAGCAACAACAGUCACAACAACAACAACAACAGCAGCAGUCACAACAGCAGUCACAACAACAACAGUCACAACCAGUAUCCACUCUACAUCAUCCUCCGGCACUCGAUACGGAUCUGUCACUGGGUGUGACAGCGGCGGACAUUGCCAGUUGGGCCCAUGCGCAAUCGGCACUGGGCAUGACAUCCGCGCAAUGUCAAUUUCUCUUGCAAGCAUUUCCAUCGUUACGGACGUGCGACGUCCAACCCGGGUGGGACAUGUUGCUGCAAGGACCCGUUCGCUAUCAACUCCACGAAGAUGCCAUGGCAUAUUUGCGACUGCGAUUGCAAUUAUUGGAUCCCAGUCAUAUUGUCUGUCUCUUCAAGACAUAUACACUGCUGACGCACAAGCGUGUGGCGCCAUUGAAGAAGAGUUGUGACUAUUUGCAAUCAGCACUCCAAUUGAAGUCGCGGGAGCUACAACAGUUGAUUCAGCGCAUGCCGUCAUUGUUGGGCAGUUCCACCACGAGUUUGCAACGACGCAUCGACUUCUUUUUGACUACUGUAGGCAUGUCCUUGGAGCAAACCAUACAGUCCGUCUUGAUACUACCGGCAUUGCUCCAAUAUAGUAUGGACAAUCUAGAGAGCACCUACGAGUUUUUCCAACAGUACGUGGGCAGCGACGAUUUGCCCCAAGUCUUGGCCCGGAAACCUCACAUCUGGGGACUCUCGGUCGAAACAAGAUUGCAACCCUGGGUGGCAGCAAUGCAAGCCUACUUGAAUUUGACGGACGAACAAGUCCGCGACCAAGUACUUGGACGAGCUCCCGAAUUGCUCCUCUUUUCCUGGAAUGGAAAUCUAAAACCUAAACUGCAAUUCUUGGCCCAACGAUUGGAAUUGCAUCCACAACAACAAGCAUUGCCAAGGCUAAUUUUGGCAAAUCCUCGCAUCCUCACCUAUAGCAUUCUAUCUUUGGAACCCAAGAUUCGACUGCUGGAAGAACACUACCACAACCCAGAAGCAGCAACAACCGUGCGCGACCUCAUUCUCGACAAUCCAUCGCUCCUCGUUAUUGGACACGCCGCGUUGCAAAAGCGACUCAAACACAAUCAACACACCACCAAAGUCGGACGCAUCCAACGCCGGGUCGUUCAAAUGGACGCCGACAAUAACCAUCCAAUCAACGAGUUUGCCACGGUCAGCGAGGCAGCUGCAGCAGCCGGGACCAGCCCCAGUAAUAUGUAUUCCCUCCUACGACAAGGACGAGUGUUUCGAAAAACCAACUCGCGAUAUGCCUACGAAACAAAAGACAACACAGAGGAAGCAAACGAGGAGGAUACAAAGGAUGCAGGAAAGGGUGGUGGUGUUCGACACGACAUGUCACGGCUCUACGACGUUACCAACGCACCACAUUCGUUUGAUUGCCUCUAUGCAUCCGGACGAGUUUGUCCUCCCGAUAAUGCAUCGCAAGCAAGGGGACUUCGGAGGGUGGGAGGGAUUGCCGUGGCCAUUCCUGGCAUGUUGUCCGUCUCCAGUACUGCCAUUCUGUUGCAACAGGCAAUUGACGAUUGUUCCCAAGGGCAACUGCUGCGAUUAAAAAAGAAUGAUGGGGCAUUGUCGGGGGCGCUAUUGGGAUAUCCCUUGCUAUUGCCAUCGAGACGGCGAUGCAGCUUGUUUGCCUGUCUUGUCGCGCUCCGUAUCGUCACUCGAUAUGUGGCCUUGUUGACUGGUGCUAUUACCAAACAACAGCGGAAUCUGGGACAACCAGAGACUGGUAGCAAUGCGACAAUAUCAACAUCAGCACGUCGUCCAUCAUCAGUGCCGUUGCCUACACACGUGGAUAUUGUCACGGAUUCCACCUAUGCGUUUGGACUCUUGAACGAUACUGCUAGACUGUUGGACUGGGCUAUGGCACCGACACAAGCAGAUUUCGUCUACCAAGGAGACGAAGGCAGCCCCUCUUGGUGGGCCAACAAGGACAUCAUUUGGCCCUUGUCGAGAGCCUAUUCUCGAUUUGUCAACUUUACCCAAUCCACAGCAGUGGGAAGCAACAUUACAGUCAACUUUGUAUUGCAGACACGGGGAGAGAAGAAUCUAGUGGCCGCUGCGGCGUUUCGUCAACAAGUGGACAGCUGGGCCAAGGAAGCCGCAUCAGUACAAUAUCAACGACUGUCACUGCAGCAGGAGAGCUUCACUCCGAAAUAAAUAGUUGGCAUUGAGUGAGCUCCUCGUUUUUACAAUCGAGAUUCGCCAAAGAGAAAAUUGCGAGAGGGCCCAUGGAACGCAUUGUCGGAGCUGGCCGGUUUGUGACAAGGCGGCAACCACGUGAUUCUGAGUUGCGAUUUCAAAUCAAAAGGCAAGCUGAAAAUCGUAUUCCUCUGCAAAUUUGGGAACACUUCUCUCGAACACUGCUCCUGAACACUUCUCCCGAACACUCUCAGUAUUGUAGAGUAUUACUUUCUGAAUUAUCAGUGGACAGGCUUCUAGUAUUUUGCAGACAAUUUUCGUGGACGAUUUUUGUAAGCACCGAACCGUACUGCACCACCUCCAAGUAGAAAUUACUAUGGACCACCUCCGAGUCGAGUUAAUCUCAGAGGAGAGCUCCGUUGUUGGCCCCCCUCGUUCUCUCGGCCCACUGGCAAAUCAUAACAGUGCACUUGAACCCAUCGCAUCCGUCCACGAUGCUUUCACUAUUUACUCUGGUUAGAACUCUUUUAAAAAACAAACUUCAACGAUUUUUAGAUCC